CACGAAACCAUUUUCACUUUCUUCUUCCUCGUCACCGUCGUCGUCCUGCACGUCUUCGCCGGCAACUCGUCGUCGUUGUCGUCGUCGUCGCCUUCACGUGUUCAUAUUAUUUAUCCUGGAUUCUAGUCACUCCUUCGCCACCACUCUCAUUUAUGCACGUCGACCUAUAUCUUACAUCCCGCGCCUCAGAUGACAAGGGAAUCUCCAAACAGACCAUCAUCAUCAUUGCUGUCUGUGCUGCCGUUGGCGGUCUCAUCCUUCUCGCCAUCGUCGUUCGUAUCAUUCGUUCUGCAUACGCUCGUUCUGCUGCGCAAACAGCCCCGCUGCCUCCAGUACAGCCCCUUGCUCACCACAGAGAACACCAGCUCGCCAAGUUCUAUAGGAGCAAUACAAGCAGGCCAAGCACCACCUAUGAAUCUUCCAACCUCACUGCGCCCCGGCCGUUUGCUUCCGACGUCUCAUCUGUUCGAACAAGCAAAGCCUCACUGCUCGUUCCGGACAGCCCAGGUCCAAGCAGUCCUUCACGGCAUGCCAGCUCACUUAAUGCGUGUGAUAUGGCGGAGGAUAUCUCCCUCAACAAUGCUCCCAUGGAUUUGGAUGUCCCCAAUCCUUCCUUCCAAGUCUCCACCCGGGCAAGCUCGAGCACCAUUGGCUCAAGCGAAAACAGUCAUACUCCUCCCGAAACGCCUGCUUUGCAGAGCUCUGGCAGCAUGUCACGUUUACCCCAUUCACAGACGCGAUCGAGCUCGUCUGCAAGACCCCCAUCCGCUCGCAGACCCCGCCCGCUUUCACUAGCGUCAUCCACACAUACUGUCGCUUCCAAGUCAAGUAGAACUAAUCUACGAACCGGGGUGCCUCAUGGACCUCACAAUCAGGUCCAGAUUGUUUUGCCAGCACCUUUGGCGCCUAGUAUCUAUCCUAACGAUGAGAUCACCCCAUAUAGGCACAUAGAUGAUGGGGGUUACAGCCGUCUAAGUGUUGUGGACCAGUGGGCACCGCGGACAUAUCGUUCAGAGGGCUCCUUGACUGGUGAAAGUCGCCGCUCAGUUGGCAGCACGGACCCUCGACCUUCUACAUCUUCUCAAGCCAGCGUUCAUUCACAGUCUCUUCCUUCACGACAUCCUCGGAGGAUGAACUCAAAUCUCUCAAAUCUUUCCUCGAAUCCUUCGCAUCAUGCAUCACCAGCUACACCUCCAACACCCUCAUCUUCCACAUACCAUCCCCCGCCCCCGGUGCCAAGGAUACCUUCCAUGUAUAACAGCAUUGGUGCGGGUGAUCCAGAAGGCCCACCUUUAAGAGGCCGGCCGAGGGACGUCAAUAUACCCGCCGCAGCUCGUGGCAAGGAUAUAUCUUUACCAGAUCCCGACGACGUGGAGAGACCAACCAAUCCACCAAAGCACCGUGCGUUAUCUAAAAAGAACGCAAAUUCUCAUGGACGGACUUAGUCCCGACUCUGCUUUUGGAUAGCGUAGCAUUGCUUAGAACAUUUUAUAUGCUCAUAUCAUACAAGUUGUUUACACAAUUACCAACACGUAUUUAUCUCUACGAGCCUCCGACUUGUAUCAGC